UCGCCGCUCGCGACGGGAGUAGCGCAGCAGCACAGCCGGGGAGAGCAGCGGAGAGGCGACCCCGCGGGCUCCGAGGCAGACUCGCGGCGCAGCCGAGCGUGGGCGCCGUCGCCCGGGAGGACCCGCCGCCGGUGCUCGCCCUCUCCUCUCCGCCGCCCCAUGGGCGCGCCGCGGCGGCCGUGCGCUUGGGCGAGCCUCCUCUGGGGCUGCUUCUCCGUCGUGCUUGCCCAGCAAGUGACAGUUCGAGAUGAGGUCACAGGCUACCUGGGGAAGAAGGUCGUCCUGCCCUGCAACAUUGCGGCCACUGAGCCUGAGAUGAAGAUCAGCCAGGUGACCUGGGGGAAGGGGGUUGGUGGAAGGAAGCAGAAUGUGGCGGUGUACCAUCCAAUCCACGGGCAAAGCUAUCCAAUGGAGAAGAACAGCAGGCGGAUCCGUUUCCUCACACAGUCCUUGGCGGAUGCCACACUGGUCAUCGAACACCUGCUCAUGACGGAUGAGGGCACCUACACGUGCGAGUUUGCUACAUAUCCCAACGGCAAUGAAGUGGGCACCACCAACCUGGUCAUCCUGGCCAAGCCCACGAGCAGCGCUAAGGCUGAGGAGGUGAAAGCCAGCAACACGGAGCAGCCUGUGGCUGUCUGCACUUCUGCAAAUGGGAAGCCGCCGGCGCGCAUCACCUGGCAGUCGGGGCUGAGCGGCAACGCAAAUGUUACGCAGGCAAACAAUCCGGACGGCACCGUCACUGUCACCAGCCGCUACAACGUGGUGCCCACCAAGGAGGCCAACGAGCAGCAAAUCACCUGCCUGGUAGAACACGUGACCUUGCCGCAGCCGGAGUCCUUCCCUGUCCGGCUUUCCAUACUGUAUGCUCCUGAGGUUACCAUAGAGGGUUACGAUGACAACUGGUAUCUGACCCGCAACGAGGCCAUGCUCAUCUGCACUGCGAGGGGGAACCCCACCCCGGUGGACUUCUCUUGGACCACGUCCAGCGGGUCGCUCCCCAAGUCAGUGGAAGUCCAGGGUCACCGACUGCUAGUGAGGAAUGUGGAUCACUCUGUGAAUACCACCUUUAUCUGCCAGGCCACCAAUCGCGUGGGGCAGGUUGCGACGCAGCAAGUCAUCCUUGUCCGGGACCAGCCGGUGAAGAGUCAGAGCCGCAACGUUGGAGCCCUGGCCGGGGGUAUCGUGGGAGGGAUCCUGGCCCUGGCAGUUCUGGGGGCCAUAGUCGUCUUCAUCCUGCACCGCCGGCACCCCCGGGCUUCCAAAGGCUCCUUUGACCCCAAGACCCGGGUCUUUGGCAACGGGACCGCUCAGCCCCCAACUCGCGACUUCACCGAGCUCGACCGGCCACUCAAACCUGCCUCAGGGCGAAAGCAGGAGGAGGAGGAGGAGGAGGAUUAUGAUGGGGAGGAGGUGCGCGAAGGACGGCGGCACCCUCCCUACAGCUACGCCCCACGACACCGGGAGGACACGGAGGAACGGUUCGACCAGCUGGGCCCGAUGCUGCGGCUUGGCCCCGACCUGCAUGGCUACGAGUACGACGACAUGGAAUCCCAGCACGACGGCUCCAUCAUCUCCAAAACGGCCGUCUACGUGUGAGCUCCGUCUGGGCACCCCCUCUGGGACAGCGAGGGAACAGCGGUCCCUCCCCAAGACCGUCGGACGCUCCCUUAAGAGUUUUUGACGUUCUCUUCAACGUACGGACCCUGCCGAGGGACGCCCUGCUCGAGAAAGGCGAGGCCGCCGCCUGGGCAGGGGGGAAUCCAAGGAAAAACCAGCAGGGUGUUCUGGGGAAAGGGGAAUUAAGGAGAAAAAGCCGAGCUGGGGUUGAAGCCUCCAAGACGUCCCUCCUGGAGAUCUGUGUGGUGCUGCUGCCUUAGCAGGAUUUUUAAACCUUGGCUUUGUUUUUAAUGUUAGAGGAGAUACCUGGACUUGGAGCGGCGCAGGAAAGGAAUUUAAUUUAUCCAGCAUCCCCGUGAAACGGGACUCAAAGCAGCCUCCUGGGUCAGGGACGGAGGCUCUGACGCCCCCUCCGAAGUGACUCCGUUGGAACUGGCACCCCUGCCUUGAUCGAGAGAGGCUCAGCUGCUUUUAAAACCCUGGGCCUCCCUUCGCCACCCCUUGCUCCGGGGAAGCAGGGCCUGAGGUGCCCUGCUCUUGCGCCUGACAGCACCCUUUCCUCUUAGGGGACGAGUUGGUUGGGGGGGAAAGGAGGAACCCGGUGUAGCUGUGCAGGGAGCCCCCUGGUUUUUUAAAGACUCUUUGGUUAAGGAAUUACCCGGGAAUUGCUGGAGAUUGUCAGUCUUGUGGAUUCUGUGGUUUGGCCGUGCACCACUUCCUCCUUCCAUCUCCGGAUCAGUCUCGCACGAGAGAGAGAGAGAAAGGGAUGGUUCUCUGUCACCGGGACAGGCAGAGCUGUUUCUUUGUCUUCCGUGUUCCUACACAACCUUUAUGCUGUACUUUAUAUGUCCUCCUUCCAUUGUCUGUAAAUACCCCCACUUAAAAAAAAAAAACAGCAAAGGCACAGAGCUAUUUUCAGAUUAG